AUGGGUCGUUUUACUUCCUUUGUAGCGCUACUCGCGGUCAGCUUAAAUAUCCAGCAAUGUCUUGGCCAGAGUGGUACUCCAACCGUAUAUAAAGACAGCAAGACCGGGAUUACGUUCGACACGUGGGUAGUGCCUGAUAAGGCAGAUGGCGGUAACGGUGUAUCAGCUACAGGGGGUCUCACCUUUGGUGUUGCACUCCCUGAGAAUGCCUUGACCGUCGAUGCCACCGAGUUUAUAGGCUAUCUCAGAUGCGGCUCCAAUGGCACAACUACCAAGGCAUGGUGCGGCCUUUCCUUUGGAGGACCAAUGACGAAUAGCUUACUUCUUAUGGCCUGGCCUUACGAGAACGAGAUUUUAACAUCUUUCCGGUUCGCUAGUGGCUACACAAGCCCGGACGUAUACACUGGCAAUGCCAAAUUGACCCAGAUAUCAUCUACCAUCGAUAAAGAUCAUUUUACUCUAAUAUUCAGAUGUCAAAAUUGCCUAACGUGGGACCAAGACGGGGCAUCUGGCUCCGCAUCAACUAGCGCCGAAUCCUUGGUGCUAGGCUGGGCCAGUUCACUACAAGCUCCGUCAAACCCAUCCUGUCCAGGUAAUAUUGGUAUUAACUUCCACAACAAUGGUCAAAGCAUCUGGGGCGCUACUUUGGAUAGCAAUGCUGCGAACCCAUCCUAUUCGAAAUGGGCCGCUCAAGCUACCGCGACAGUUACUGGGAGUUGUGGAGGUGCAACGCCUACGACUACCACAACAAGUUCUACGACAAUCCCGACCGCUACCGGUAUCCCAGUACCUACUGCCACUUAUGACUACAUUGUGGUUGGCGCCGGUGCUGGUGGAAUCCCUCUAGCAGAUAAGCUUAGUGAAGCUGGAAAGAGUGUGCUACUUAUCGAAAAGGGACCUCCGUCCUCGGGACGAUGGGGUGGUUCCCUUAGGCCAGAUUGGUUGGAUGGAACUAACCUAACUCGAUUCGACGUACCUGGCUUGUGUAAUGAGAUAUGGGUUAACUCAGCAGGAAUCGCUUGCACAGACACAGAUCAGAUGGCAGGCUGCGUACUCGGUGGAGGUACCGCCGUCAACGCUGGUUUAUGGUGGAAGCCAUAUGCUCUAGACUGGGAUUACAACUUUCCUAAAGGAUGGAGAUCAUCAGACAUGGCUUCUGCAACUAAGAAGGUCUUCUCCCGUAUCCCUGGCACUGACCACCCUUCAAUGGAUGGCAAGCGAUAUUAUCAACAAGGCUUCGAGGUCCUUGCUGGUGGUUUGAAGUCUGGUGGGUGGACUGAAGUUACCGCAAAUGACGUACCUGAUCAGAAGAAUCACACAUUCUCUCAUUCGCCUUUCAUGUUUUCUGGUGGUGAACGAGGAGGCCCUAUGGCCACUUACCUCGUUUCUGCUAAAAAGCGCAAGAACUUCAACUUAUGGAUGAACACAGCAGUGAAACGAGUUAUCCGAACCGGAGGUCACGUUACUGGUAUUGAAGUUGAACCUUUCCUGAACGGCGGUUACAAGGGCGUCGUAAAUGUCACAUCAGUUACUGGUCGCGUCAUCCUCUCUGCCGGAACAUUUGGCUCUGCCAAGAUCCUAUUAAGAAGCGGAAUUGGACCUGCAGAUCAAUUGACUGUAGUCCAGUCGUCGACUGAUGGCCCGACGAUGAUCUCCAACAACUCAUGGAUCGACCUACCUGUCGGUUACAACUUGGAAGACCAUACAAAUACCGACACCGUCAUCACGCAUCCAGACGUAGUGUUCUACGACUUCUACGAGGCUUGGGAUACUCCCAAUGUUACUGACAAGGACCAGUAUCUUGGCUCACGAUCCGGUAUCCUUGCUCAAGCAGCACCGAAUAUUGGUCCGAUGUUCUGGGAUGAAAUCAAGGGUGAUGAUGGUGUCGUCCGACAACUUCAAUGGACUGCCAGAGUUGAAGGAAGUGCCGGUACACCUAACGGGUACGCUAUGACCAUGAGUCAAUACUUGGGACGAGGUGCCAAAUCGAGGGGUCGUAUGACGAUUACCAAAGCGUUGACAACUGUGGUUUCUACGCUUCCUUACUUGCAGGACAAGAGUGAUGUUCAAGCUGUCAUUCAAGGAAUCAAGAACCUGCAAGCGGCCCUCGCCAAUGUCAAGGGGCUUACUUGGACCUACCCACCCUCAAACACGACUGUCGAAGACUUUGUCAAUAAUAUGCUCGUUUCGUACACUAACCGGCGCUCAAACCAUUGGAUCGGAACGAACAAGCUCGGAACUGAUGACGGCCGAACCAACAGUGGCUCCGCAGUUGUGGAUCUUGACACCAAGGUUUACGGUACUGACAACUUAUUUGUUGUCGAUGCCGGAAUUUUCCCUGGUCAUAUUACCACCAACCCAUCUUCAUACAUUGUCAUUGCGGCGGAACACGCAUCCGAAAGAAUCCUCGCCUUGUCGCCGCCCAGAGCGCAGCCGCGUUUUGCGCAAUGCGGUGGGUCGCGCUGGACGGGUAGCUUCCAGUGCGCUGCACCAUACACUUGCAAGUAUCAGAACGAAUUUUACUCGCAGUGUGUUUAAAUUUUGUAUAUAAAUUUGAAUUUCGUAAUGCUUCAAUCGCAAAUAAUGUUUCAAUUAAAACCGAUCACCAUGUGCUAUUCUGUUUGGGUAAGACAACCGUGACCAACCACAUGUCUAUAACAGGAUGCAGCUUCUAGGAAACAAGAUUCGCGCCUUUCGUACAUGUUUAAUGCUAUCGAGAGAAGGCUCAAAGGCUACCAAACUUACUGGCACCUCC